UUUUAUUUCGAAUUGCGCGGGUCAAUGGGUUUGAACGGUCUCAGAUACAACCCAUUUAUUUGCAACCUUCUUGCUGAUCAGGUAACCCGAAUGACGGAACCCGGACCCUCGACUUGCAUUCCUCAUUUCUCAUUCACAAAACUCGAUCAGCCAUGAACAGGAUCCAGCGCGCCUUGCCAACGGCGCUUUGUUUCAGGAGGCUACCCAAUGCCUCAACAGGACUAUCGAUGGCUCAGGCUCUGCCACGGCUCCGACUGUGGUAGCCAGGGAAUCGGGAUCGAAGGCCAGGAAAGCUGCUGCUGGACCUGGGAAUUUCUCAAGGACGCUCGCGGAAAUGUGCGCCAAACAGGAUGUACAAUUUUAUGAGCCGCCAGCAACGCUCCACAGGACCUUCCUCCUGGCCUAUGCCACCGCAGGCCUACAGCUGAUCUUUUGGGGCAACGUCGCUCAAUACGCCUUUACGCACUACACUGACAACCCUAUCUUUUCAGCCACGCAGCCCCCACCCCCACCUCUGCCACUCCCCGGAACAGAAGGCAUCGAGUCCACAGAGGUGCCAUUGGCGCCGUUGAGGAAACGGAUCAUUAUCUCUGCAGGAUUGAUCGGCACAGGACUUGUAAUCGCAUUCGGUAUCUGCGCGAUCCCGUGGAGAUAUGUGACCAAGUUGACGCUGUUGAGGGGAGGAACACAGGUCAGGAUCGAGACUGGACGCAAAUUCCCACGGGGAUACCAUCGCGUUUACCCGAUUCAGGACAUGCAAUGUCGUCAGCAGCUGCUCACUAAUGUCGGACCACAAGGAACGUCACCUGUGAAGGAGGGUAGCAGUUCACACAUUAUGCUGGGAAGCAAAAAGGAACGCAUGGCAUUCUUUGUCGACCGGCGCGGAUGGUUCAAGGACGCGGCCAUGUGGGAUAAAGUGUUCCAUCGCCCGUAUUAGAUGAUGGAAACAGGCAGAUAACGCGUUUUUUUUUUUUCGAUUAAAUAAAAUCAAAGGGAGGGAUGUUCACAAGGAA